ACGAACACUCAUUCACAUCCACUCGCCAUGGCUUUCCGCAAGACGUUCUUGAAGAACUGGUGGGCUAUUGAGGCCACCCCCAUUUUCGCCAUUGUUGGCAUGGUCGUCGCCGGUGGAGGCUGGUAUCUCAGCCGACUUGCUACCGGCCCAGCUGUCGUCUGGACCAAGGCCAACCCUACCCCGUGGAACAACGUCGAGCAGAAUGAGCAGGUCAAGAUGAUGUCCGUCAACCAGCGUUUCGAUAAACGUUGGAACAGGGACAAGCUGUGAACGACGAUCUGUAUCUUCACGUAGACCUGAUCCUAUGUCCUUGCCUUUUUCUUACUUCCAUUUGCGCCGUUGAAUCCAACCAGCCUAUAUUAUCCUUCCCUCUUGUAAGUUGUAAAGAGCUUCACCCUAUUCGGCGUUGCCCCAGCGCUUGUCACGCCUCUGUUGUCAUAUCG